UCGGAUGUCAAAUACUUAACUUCUAAAAUCAAACUGCUGUUUUUCAAAGGCAUUGGAGAGGAUAUUGUAACAUCACUAAAUGUGCAAGGGGGUUUUGGCCUCCUUAAUUUGGGCAAGCAGCUUUCGGGUCGCCGUGCUCAAUAUGUUUGGCAUACCCUUACCAAUGUUACUGAUUGGAAUUUUAACAUCUUUAGGUAUAAGCUCCAGGAAUUUGUGAAUAAGCUGGCUGACUCCUAUCAAGCUUCUACAGACUCUAUUCUAGCAAUCCCUUGGUACAAGUUCCUCACUGGGUUGACUCUAAAUUAUCAGGGUAGGGAUAUUUCUACUAUGGUUGAUCAAAGUGAUAUUUUUACGAACACCGAGAAGGUGUAUUUGGAAGCAUGGUUUGAUUUAAUUGGUUCACUUCGCAAAACAUAUACGGCACAGCCGAGUCAUUUUUCACAUGAUGAAUAUAGGGACUUCUUCGGGUCACCCCCUUCUACUAUUCUCCCACCACUAUUCGCAGAUUUACCGGGGGACUUUUUCAAUAGUCGUUCAAAGAAAUUUAAUAUUGAAGCAAAGCCAUGUGUUAUCCCGGAGGGUUGGUCUAAUCUUUAUGAUUUGGAUCCCGCUGAUUGGGUAAAAUUUUUUAAGAUCUUGGCUCAUGGCAAACGUUGCUACCCAGAUGGUAUGGACGCUGUUCACCGACUCAAUUUGGGUCAUUUUACGCAUCAUUCUGACCGUGAAUGUGAAUUCUGUGGUCGUUAUGUUACCAUCAAUAAGAGAAUUGACAGAAGGUUCGUUGUCAGAUUCAAUAAAUCAAAUCCCAUUCAAUCCAACCAAAGAGGUACAAUCCCUUCCUGGAAUUANAUAAAUCAAAUCCCAUUCAAUCCAACCAAAGAGGUACAAUCCCUUCCUGGAAUUAGUGCAACCUUGACAACAUACAGACAAACAUUAGCCGGAUCUCCUAAUUACACCUCCCAAACAACUCGCUCAACCAACAUUACCCACAAUCAUUCACCAUCACUUCCACCAGUGGAAAAUCAAGUCCAACCUAUUAAGAGUCACUUAAUACCACCUUCAUUCCAACCCAACAGAGCUUUGCAAGCACCUCAAUUAGACAAUUCUAAACAAUAUCAACCAACAGCGACAUAUACAGGUAGUCCACAUACACAAUAUCAGUACUAUCAAUUUCCUUCCCAAGCUCCUAACAUCGUGAACCAACAUCCAGUAGCUCCUCAACUACCAGGAGGCGUACCACACCCACAGCCUCAGUUUAUAGAGUCAACCUACUAUGGGCAACCAAUUUUUUACGUACAAGGUCAAGCCCCUACUAAUCAUAUACAACAAGUGAAACCUUCAAAGCCAAUUAAUAGGUGCCAUAGAUGUGGUACUACAGAAACACCAGAAUGGAGAAGAGGUCCAAAGGGUGUAAGAACACUUUGUAAUGCCUGUGGAUUAUACCACACAAAAUUGGUUAAGAAGAAAGGUGCUGCCUUGGCUGCUGAAGAGGUAUUGAACAACAAAGUGUAUAAAGGUAAAAAUGGAAGAAGGAUAAGUAUAAAAAAGUAUCUUUUGAGCGAAAGCUUGAAGGCAAGCUCCAAGGUUGGAAACAACAAUCAAGAAGAACAAAUUGCCCAUUCCAUGGUUCCUAUUGUUCAAUCAGUUCCUUCAGUCCCUCAUCAAAUACCAUUUGGUGAUACAAAGAGCAGACCUUUUGGAAUUUCAUUACCUCCUCCAGUUAAUUAUAUUCCAACAAUCCCACCACCAUACAGCAAUGGAAUUGCUUAUCAGAUACCGUCUGAUGCACCUUUACUUCGUAAUUAA